AGUGCAUCCCCAUCCCCCACUCUCCAGCGUCUGUGGCGGUUCUCAGUGUCUCGCUUGGCCCACUCCACGCAGCUCCUCCGACCGCCAGCCGUUCCCGCCGCGACCCCGAGGCCGAGAGAAUCCACGACGAGUCUCCUGCACACCCACGGUGGAACGUGAAGUUUGUUGUCUCCGAGCGAGUGACGCCGAUUUGCAUAUCCACUCCCACUCCUUCCUCAUUUGCAUACAGCAAGAAAUGGCGAGCGGGCAUCCCACAGACAAAUUCAGUUUCAUGUAUCAACCAGACACGCACAAGAGCAAAAACAGGUUGUCUGCAGCCAUGAAUCCUGUCUACAGCCCUGUCCAGCCUGGCGCCCCCUAUGGAAACCCCAAAAACAUGGCCUUUGCAGGCUAUCCAGGGGGUUAUCCGACUACGGCACCCACAUAUACGCCAAACCUCUAUCAAACAGGAAGUCCUGGGUAUCCACCUGGAUAUACUGCAGCGGGCACCCCUUACAAGGUGCCCCCGACUCAGUCUAAUGGAGCCCCUCCUCCCUACACCCCCACCCCUACCCCGUACCCGACGGCUAUGUACCCCAUCCGCAGUGCCUACCCACAGCAGAACUUGUACACGCAGGGUGCGUACUACACCCAGCCCGUGUACGCAGCUCAGCCGCACGUGAUCCACCACACCACCGUGGUGCAGCCAAACAGCAUUCCCUCCACGGCCCUCUACCCGGCCCCGGUCCCUGUACCUGCUCCUCGCAACAACGGCAUGGCUGCCAUGGGGAUGGUCGCCGGGACAACCAUGGCCAUGAGUGCAGGGACCCUGCUGACAACGCCUCAGCACGCCCAGAUCGGCGCGCACCCCGUGACCGUGCCCACCUACAGGCCCCAGGGGACCCCCGGGUACAGCUACGUGCCACCCCACUGGUAGAGCCCACCCACUAAUCUCUGGAGUCCACCGUCAUAUGCAACUGCUCCCGGUAACCAUGGGAACUCUGCACCCUGUCUGCAGAACAAAACCUAAAGUGCAACAGCCACUUUAAUAUCACUCUAACAUUUUUACAAAAGCUGCUUUUAUUUUUUUGAAUUCUUUUUUUUUUCUCUCUCUCUCUCUCUCUGUUCAUUUGCCAACCGGUCAUUACCUUCUUUUUAUUAUUUUUUUUUAGGACUUUUUUCCCCCAACCCCCUCCUUUCUUUUGUUGUCUUUCAUUGGAACUCCAGAAGGACGCCGGACCAAUUCCGGGUGUUGGUCAGUCCUGUGUGUGUUGAUGUGCGUGCGUGUGUGUGUGUGUGUGUGUGUGUGUGUGUGUGUGAGGUUCCUGCCUGCUGCUCAGUGGGCUGGAAAGUAUCGUGCACUUAUUCCUCAACAUCAUCUCCAUCAGUCCUUGCAAAGACUUACUGACUUAUGCUGCCAAAUUUUCGAACAGCACAGUUUUAAACACCAAUUUUUUUGUAUUUAGUUUCACGCAGGUUGCUUUUCUUUCUUUUUUUUUAAGUGUUUCCUUUGUCUUGUUUCACAUUUUCAUUUGUUUUCCCCCCUCCACUUUGAAUCCUACCUAUCUGGUCUUCCAGCACCUCACCGUCUUUCUGUUUCCUCGCGUGUGUUCUAUAUCGCACUUACCGCACAAGUACGCAGGACGCCACAUACUAUGCAGGCUAGUAUGUCGUGACACUGCAUGCUUCUUUUUUUUUUAAUGUAUUAAUCGUCGGUCAACGCGUUCGGUUAGAACACUCCCAAUGACGUGUUGUCUCACGCAGGGGCUCCUGUGGUGGGCAUAAACAGGGACCGCCUAGUGGCACUUACUCCACAGAAGUUACCGCAAAAUCCACGUAUUUGUAGGCGUAGAAGGCGGGGGGAAAGGGGAGUUAUAAAAGGGAUCGGGCUGGAAGUGAAGACGUCGGGCUGCGUGCGCCCGGGUGAGAACCAAUAACCGAGCUUUUUCCCACCAAAAAAAAAAUAAAAAAUGCACAUUGACGCGGGCCGGCGUGCGUCGGUUUAUGCCAAACUAGCCGCACAAAACAUCCACCUCAGUCAAACAUAAGGAGUUGCGAUUAAUCACAAAAAUAUUGCAUUAAUUAUGUAGCAACACAGAUUUAUUUUGACUUCUAAUCCAGAGUUUUUUACUUACUCAACAACAGAUAUCAAAUAUUAACAUCUUCCUCUUGGUUUUAAUGGUAUUCAGUAGAGAUGUCCGAUAAUAUCGGUCGGCCGAUAAAUGCGUUAAAAUGUAAUAUCGGAAAUUAUUGGUAUCGUUUUUUUUAUUAUCAGUAUCGUUUUUUUUUGUUUUUUUUAAUUUUUUAAUUUAAUUUUUUAAUUAAAUCCACAUAAAAAACACAAGAUACACUUACAAUUAGUGCACCAACCCAAAAAACCUCCCUCCCCCAUUUACACUCAUUCACACAAAAGGGUUGUUUCUUUCUGUUAUUAAUAUUCUGCUUCCUACAUUAUAUAUCAAUAUAUAUCAAUACAGUCUGCAAGGGAUACAGUCCGUAAGCACACAUGAUUGUGCGUGCUGCUGCUCCACUAAUAAUACUAACCUUUAAUGGUUUUAAUGGUAUUCAGUAGAGAUGUCCGAUAAUAUCGGUCGGCCGAUAAAUGCGUUAAAAUGUAAUAUCGGAAAUUAUUGGUAUCGGUUUUUUUAUUAUCAGUAUCGUUUUUUUUUUUGUUUGUUUUUUUUAAAAUUAUUAAAUCCACAUAAAAAACACAAGAUACACUUACAAUUAGUGCACCAACCCAAAAAACCUCCCUCCCCCAUUUACACUCAUUCACACAAAAGGGUUGUUUCCUUCUAUUAUUAAUAUUCUGCUUCCUACAUUAUAUAUCAAUACAGUCUGCAAGGGAUACAGUCCGUAAGCACACAUGAUUGUGCGUGCUGCUGGUCCACUAAUAAUACUAACCUUUAACAGUUAAUUUUACAAAUUUUCAUUCAUUACUAGUUUCUAUGUAACUGUUUUUAUAUUGUUUUACUUUCUUUUUUAUUCAAAGAAAAUGUUUUUAAUUUAUUUAUCUUAUUUUAUUUUAUAAUUUUUUUUUUAAAAGUACCUUAUCUUCACCAUACCUGGUUGUCCAAAUUAGGCAUAAUAAUGUGUUAAUUCCACGACUGUAUAUAUCGGUUGAUAUCGGUAUCAGUUGAUAUCGGUAUCGGUAAUUAAACAGUUGGACAAUAUCGGAAUAUCGGCAAAAAGCCAUUAUCGGACAUCCCUAGUUUAGAUUUUAAAAAAUUAUUUUUGACAUUAAUUUGCGCAAAUCAAUUAUUUACAUUCAAAUAAAACAUUAAAAAAGUGUAAAUAAAAUUGCAUUUGCGUGAAAAUAUCGGGCUCCUUUUUAGCUUAAUUUCAAUUAUGUAAGCUCGUGAUUUACCGUGAUUAACCACGAUUCAUUAAAAGUGUGAUUAAUCUGAUUUAAAAAAUAAUAAUUUGACAGUGCUGAUAUUUUUUUUAAAAAACGACAGUAAUAUGAAAUGCGAAACUUUAUUUUUUUUUUCUUAAAGUGACACACAUCGAGGGACAAAGUAUCACUCCUUGUGUUUCAUUAUGCAUAUCACAAUUAUGACACAUUUUUCAUUCUUUUUUGAAUGUUUAUGGAAAAAAAAACACGUACCAAAAGAUGAUUUUGAAGAAGAAAAAACAGGAGAUGCCAUACUUGCUUAACGACAUCUUUAUUUCGAGUAAGCGUUUAGCAAAUCUCUGGUUAUUGGUUCUCGGCUUGGGGACAAAGUUAAAGUUUGGCAUUUUCAGGAGUUUUUGGGGGAAAAAAACUUCAAGUGGGGGCCGGGCUUUGUAAUAAAAAGCAUUUACAGCAGAAGUAUGUCGAUAAGGUGGCUUGAUAUUGCAAUAAAAUAUGAGGGAAUGCCUCAAACUCUCUUUAAAAAAAGAAGAAAAAAAAAAAAAGAUUCCAGGCUCUAUAAGCAGCCGCAUUAAUAACCAUUACACGUAAGAGUAGAACAUAUCGACAAUUUGGAUAUGGAAUAACUGUGUGAGGCACAAAAAUAGCCAAAAUAAACAACUAUAACGUAAUGCUAAGCAAGCAGGUACCUAAGCUUUUUAGUAACGCUAUUCAUAUUGUAAUGACACAUUAUUAAAAAAAGUGUUUGAGGUUUGUACACUAGAGCAAUAAUGCUCCAAAAUAUUGCUGUCGGAGGAAAACGCAUCUAUUUUUUUUAUUCACCUUUCUUUAGUUUACGUGCCUGAAUUUCAAAGUAAAACAUUUGAAACCCCCACUUAAAAAAAAAAAAAAAUAAAAUAGAUUUUUCUUUCGACAGCAGUAAUGUUAUUAGUCUUAAGAUUUAUUUAACCGACAGUAUUUUUCCUUUUGUUCACUCCGGUCAAGUCGGCAUAAUGGUAAUAUUCAGGUGUCUCACUAUAGCGUCGGAUAUGUUAAGUUUAGGUAAAAAAAAAAAGCAACAAAAAAAAAAAGCAGUAUAUUUAAACAGCAAGUGGUACAGUUAUGUAUUUCUAGCUAAGCAUGGUUGCAUCAUUGUGGCAGCUACUGUUUGUGCUUUAGAUAUUUCAUUUCAGCUCCUUUUUCCUUUCUGUCGUGUGUUCUGUCAUCCGGGGCGGGGGCGAGGCGUAGCUCGGGGUCUGGGUCGAGUUUUUGCCUCCGUGGCGACGUGAGGAGAAAGAGACGAUGCACUAUUAUCUGCUCACAGGUGCUUGUUUGAGCACACCGCGGCUCGCCGUUGGGCGAGUGAGCUGGAGACACACGCAGGAUUCUCACAGGCAUGAGGUAAAAACUCCCCCCCCGAAUGAGAACGUGGAGUGAGUGGGUGAGCAUGUUUGACUUGUCUCCUUUGUGCCAUAAUUCACUGUUGUUCAGUAGCGCUUUUUUCGUCUCCUAGGUAACCGGUGAACUCUUGUUGUCGCGUCUUGCUUCCUGUGAAUCUCGUUUUUGUACGACUGUCCUUUUUGAUUGAUUAACGGUUUCCUCCUUUCUAUUCGGCCUCACCAACGCAGAAUGACCACUCUCUCUCUCCCCUUUUCAUUCCAACGCUCGCCUCUUAAUAUUCAGCCCCGACUUUUGAAAUCCUCACUGCUAGUUUUGACACAAGUAUGGAAAAGAAAGGCAAAUAAAUGCUACUAAUUGGGGGUGUGAAUCCAUGCGAUUUCGGUUCCUGGUGUGACGAUUCUCGAACCAAAGCGCUUCUCGAUUCAAACCGAUUCUCACAAUGUACUAUUUGGUCAAAGAAUUAUAAUGAAACUUUUUCAAAACAGGUUGCAGGCUAGAAAAACUUCUUCUUUUUUUUUUUAUUUACAUUUUUUUCCAGACAAAAAAUAUAUAUUUUUUAAGAAUCCUUAAAAAAAAAAAAAAAAAAAAAAGUUUUUUUAAUCGAUUUUUGAAAUAUAUAAAUCGAUUUGGAAUCGGGAUUAAGACUGCAUUUGUUUUAUUUUUAUUUUUUUCAAACAAAAAAUAUAUUUUUUAAGAAUCCUUAAAAAAGAAAAAAAACAUUUUUUUUUUAUCGAUUAUUGAAAAAUAUACAUCGAUUUAAAAUCGGGAAUAAUACUGCAUUAUUAUUAUUUUUUUUUUUUUUUUCCCCAGACAAAAAUUUGUAUUUUUUAAGAAUCCUUAAAAAAAAAUUUUUUAUCGAUUUUUGAAAAAUACAAAUCGAUUUAGAAUCGGGAUUAAUACUGCUCCCCCCCAGGCAAAAAAACAUAUUUUUUAAGAUUCCUUAAAAAAACAAUUUUUUUUAACCGAUUUUAAAAAAAGAUAAAUCGAUUUGGAAUCGGGAUUAAGACUGCAUUUGUAUUAUUUUAUUUUUUUCAAACAAAAAAUAUAUUUUUUAAGAAUCCUUAAAAAAGAAAAAAAACAUUGUUUUUUAUCGAUUAUUGAAAAAUAUACAUCGAUUUAAAAUCGGAAAUAAUACUGCAUUAUUGUCUUUUAUUUUUUAUUUUUUCCCCAGACAAAAUUUUUAUUUUUUAAGAAUCCUUAAAAAAAAAAAUUUUUUAUCGAUUUUUGAAAAAUACAAAUCGAUUUAGAAUCGGGAUUAAUAAUGCAUUUUUAUUUUUUUUAUUUUUUUUCCCCCAGGCAAAAAAAACAUUUUUUGAGAUUCGUAAAAAAAAACUUUUUUUUUUAACCAAUUUAAAAAUAUAAAUCGAUUUGGAAUCGGGAUUAAGACUGCAUUUUUUUUUUUUUUUUCAAACAAAAAUCUUUUUUAAGAAUCCUUAAAAAAAAAAAAAGGAUAUUUUUUUCAAUUGAUUUUUGAAAAAUAUAAAUCGAUUUAAAAUCAGGAUUAAUACUGCAUUAUUUUUUGUAAUUUUUUUUUUUCCAGACGAAAAAACAUAUUUUUUAAGAUUCCUUAAAAAAAACUAAUUAAUUUUUUGAACCGAUUUUUAAAAAACUAUUACGGGAAAACUGCUUUUUUUUUUUUCCCAGACCAAAAAAUAUAUUUUUUAAGAAUCCUUAAAAAAAACAUUUUUUUUUAAUUUUUAAUAAUCGAUUUUUGCAAAAAAAAUCGAUUUAGAAUCGGGAUUAAUAGGAAUAGCAAUUCGGAUGUGAAUUGAUUAUUAUACUUAGUAUAAUAAUCGUAAGAAAAAAUAAUGAAGCGCCUUUUGGUUGUAAGUUUAUUCUUAAAAAAAAUAAUUAUUUAGUUUAAAUUAAGAAUGAAAAAAAAAAAAUUACGUAUUUGACCAAAAACUUUUUUUUUUUUUUUAAAAGGUAUUCUUCUUAAAAAAUAUUUUUUUACAUUAAUCGAUUUUUGAAAAUUACGAAUUCCUUUAGAAUCAGAAUAAAUCAGAAUCGCAAUUCAGGUGUGCACCACUACUACUGAUACAGGUGGUCCUAGAGUUUUAAACCAGUUCCAGUCAGGUACGGAAACCGUAACUGUUAAGGAAAUAAGAAUAACAAGUUGCAUAAUUAUUUGAAGACCGAAUUAACCUAUUUGCGUUAUUUGCAUUAUGGCCAAAAAUCCAUAAAAUGGUUGCACCGUUUUAUACCCCGCAGGGUACAAAGCGUAGGUAAAAAAAGUAGCGGCUUAUAGUCCGGAAUUUAGGGUAAACUAAUAACCAGUUAUUACCACCGAAACACACAAAAGUACCGAAAAUUGGUAUUUGUUCUCAUGUAAAAGGAAACAAUUUUUAACUGAAGUUAAAUUUGUCCUUUCACGCGCAAAUUGGAGCAAAGUUAGGUUUUAAUGCGAGACCACGGACCACCUGUGCACCUACAAAAUAAAAUAUUAACCAACAACCUUUUGUUAGUGUGUCAGAAUAAAACCUCAAGUGUAGUGUUGUAACUCAUAUAUUUAAUAUUGUGGUUCUACUUCUCAGUGUCGCACCGACUUUUGCCCGUUACCCCACCGAGCCAAUUCACACACAAAAAACCCCCACCAGGUGUUGAAAAAAGAUUGGAUGCAGCGAGCCACAAACGUGUGAACAUUAGAAUUAGACUUCUGGAGCACUGAAGGUGUUUUCUAGAAACCUUCAGUCCUUAAGACGAGCUUUGUGGUGCUUAUUGAUUUUAUUGGGAGCAUUCUCUCACAGCACACCGUUAGCAGUCACUCUCCAUUCCUCGCCGCUCCAUUUCAAUUAGCACUUCAAGUGGAAAUGGGCGGUGAAACACAUCAAUGUGUUGAUUCCGACUUUUUUUUUUAAACAUUUUUUUCACUUUAUUUAGCCAAAAUGCGACCAAACACACCUCUUUUCUUCUUCUUCUUCUUCUUCUUGCAUUCUUCCAUGUUCAAGCACGGUCAGCGUAUAAACCUCCCCCAAUUAAAUUGGAAUUUUAUUUUGAAAUACAAACAAUACAUUUGAAAAAUAAAGUGUUCUUUGUGCGAAAAUACUCAUAACGUGGUUUGCACAGAUAAAUACAUAAAUAAAAUGAUCAGGUUUGUAUUGUAUUUCAAAAAAAUACAAAUGCAACAAAUAAUUGUACUGCUUAUGUGAUUCAUCACAAAAAAGUGUGUCAUUAUCAUGUAUAAACACAGAUUAAUCACGCAAUUUAUUUUGAGCGCACAGGUUAAAACUGUUUUAAGCAAAUAAAUUAAUACAAAUAAUAAUGCAUUUCGGGACCAGGUUGAAAAUAUAUUUUUUAGGAAUCCUUAAAAAAAUAUAAAAACGUUUUUUUUAAUCGAUUAUUAAAAAAUAUACAUCGAUUUAAAAUCGGGAUUAAUACUGCAUUAUUAUUUUUUAUUUUUUCCCCAGACAAAAAAAUUUAUUUUUUAAGAAUCCUUAAAAAAAAAUUUUUAUCGAUUUUUGAAAAAUAUAAAUUGAUUUAGAAUCGGGAUUAAUAAUGCAUUUUUAAUUUUUUUUUUCCAAACAAAAAAACAUAUUUUUUGAGAUUCCUUAAAAAAAAAAACUAAUUUUUUUUUACCGAUUUAAAAAAAAAAAUUGGAAUUGGGAUUAAGACUGCAUUUUUUAAAUUUUUUUCAAACAAAAAAUAUAUUUUUUAAGAAUCCUUAAAAAACAACAUUUUUUUAAUCGAUUUUUGAAAAAUAUAAAUUGAUUUAAAAUCGGGAUUAAUACCGCAUUAUCUUUUUUUUUUUUUUCCCAGACAAAAAAUUUAUUUUUUAAGAAUCCUUAAAAAAAAUGUUUUAUCGAUUUUUGAAAAAUAUAAAUCGAUUUAGAAUCGGGAUUAAUAAUGCAUUUUUUAUUUUAUUUUUCCCAGACAAAAAAAAAAUUUUUUAAGAUUCCUUCCAUGAUUUAAAAAAUAUAUUAUUCGAUUUGGGAAUUGGGAUUAAGACUGCAUUUUUAAAAAAAAUUUCAAACAAAAAAUAUAUUUUUUAAGAAUCCUUCAAAAAAACAACAUUUUUUUAAUCGAUUUUUGAAAAAUAUAAAUCGAUUUAAAAUCGGGAUUAAUACCGCAUUAUUUUCUUUUCUUUUUUCACCAGACCAAAAAAAUUAUUUCUUAAGAAUCCUUAAAAAAAUAAUAUAUUUUUUAUCGAUUUUUGAAAAACAUAAAUCGAUUUAUUAUCGGGAUUAAUAAUGCAAACCAAAUUAACCAAAUAAAUGAAUAAAAAUAAUAAUGCAUUUCGGGACCCUCUUGAAAAGGAGAUGCUGCAUCUCAUGGGGAUACCCCAAAAUAAUAAAUAAAUAAAUAUAAAAAAUUAAAGUAAAACAUAAAAUUGUACUGCUUAUGUGAUUAAUCACAAAAAAACUGGCAUUAUCUCGUAUAAACGCAGAUUAAUCACCCAAUUUAUUUUGAGCGCACAGGUUAAAACGGUUCUAACCAAAUAAAUGAAUAAAAAUAAUAAUACAUUUCGGGACCCUCUUGAAAAGGAGAUGCUGCAUCUCAUUGGGGAUACCCCAAAAUAAUAAAUAAAUGCAAAUAAAAAUUAAAGUAAAACAUUUUAAAAAAUGUUCCUGGAUGACAUUUGGACAAUAAAAUCUAUUUUGUGUCAAAAUUUUGGGGUCUUUUUUUAACCUCUUAAGGCCCAAGCUGUUUGUUUACAUGCUUUUUUUUCAUUUCUCUUUGCUAUUUGGGCUUAUUAGACCCUAAUUAGAAUAAACACUAAGACUCAUCUUUUAAUAUGAUGUACUUAGUCCAUAAGUACACAACCGCGUACUUCACUAUGCUAAUUUUUAUUUUUACCCUUUUUUUCUUCCAAAUUCCAUUGUAUGUUAUACUCUUCUGACACCACCAGAUGGCAGUACAAGUGUCCACAUAAGUGGCCAUAAGACCCCAAUUUAGCAGUGUACACAAUUUUGGAAAUAAGAGCUAAAAGGUGCUGUCCACGCAUGUGGCCACGAAGGCCUUAAAGUUACUUUAAAUGAUGUACGCAAAUAAUUUGCUGUGAUUAAUCACAAUUAAUCUAAAUAUGUAAGUGCGAUCAUAUUUUGGGUUCUUAUGGCUGUGUUUUUUUUUGUUUAAACAAAGUACAAAAUGAUGUAGGUAUCAAUUUUUUGACUCAUAAAGAGGAGCGGUUAAUUUUUCAACUUAAGUCUUUGUACUGCAUUUCAAAAUAAAAUUCCAAUAUACCGUUGUCUUUUCUGUUUGUUUCCUAUUCCUAAAACGAAAAUAAAAAAAGAUCCGCUGACCAAGCGUCCCUUCUUCCUUUUUUAUUUGCAGACACUAAGUCUUACUUUCUUCUUUUCCUAAAAAAUAAAAGCACUACAACGGCAAGGAUCAGUAGGCUCUUAAAUGUGCAGCGUUUUUUUUGUUGUUGUUUUUUUUUCUCCCAUCUCCGCUGUCAGAAAUAAGUCUUGGUUGAAUUAGACACGAAAUGCGAUGCAAAAAGUGCAACUUCCUCGUCUUCCAAAAACAAAAAGCAUACACAUGUACUUUUGACCCCAUCACCUGCGGGAUGAAGUAUCGGGAACAUUUUGCAACUUUUACUUUGGUACCCAGUUUGCACAUGCUAUGAUAUUUACCGUGUUUGGAAAUCGAAGCCCAACGUUUGUUCAGCGUUGAGAGAAGUGAAUUGUUUGUUAGCUAUUUGGUCCCCAGUGAAGGACCCGCGUCAGGCUUGUGAUAUGAAGUGUAAAUCUGUUUUAUUUUAUUCUUUUUUUUAUGUUCUUCUUUUUUUCCUAAUAAGAUCAGUUAGUGAUCUUAGUACUAUAACUAAGCCAAGUUUGUAAUUGUAUAUUUACUGUAAAAUGUAGAACAUUGAAUAAUUAUUAAAAUUUUCCUAUAAAAGGAAGACGUG